AUGCUGUCCUUUAACGGCCUUGAAAAUAAAAAGCCCAGUAUAAAACCAACUCUUGAUAGCCUCGGCGCCCACACUUUUAAACAAAAGGUGGAAUCAAUUGGACAGGAUUAUAGCAAUAUUAUGGAGCGUGGAUCUAAAAGGAAGUUAAUUCCUUCAAGUUCUCCUGAUAUAAGCUACAUAGUUGGAGCCCCAAAGUCAAGUCCUCGAAUUGGUCAUGAAUACCAGGUGGAAGUUCCUCCCAUGAUAAAAGAAUCAGAACGGCUUAAACUUUUAAAUCCUGCUGAUUCAGAACUUGUACAUGAUGAAAUGGAGGAUAAUGGACAUGAAGGAGGGAGAUAUCUUGGAGACAAUGAUGGUGCAGACAAUAUGCUUGUACCAGUAGCAGAAGCUAAUUUGAAUAACUCGUGGAGUGAUGCUGAUGUAAAAAGUUUUCUCCUUGGUUUAUUUAUCUUUGGGAAAAAUUUUGUUCAGAUUAAAAGAUUUCUAGAGAACAAAGAGAUGGGGGAAAUACUGUCAUUUUACUAUGGAAAGUUUUAUAAGUCCGAUGAAUAUCGUAGAUGGUCAGACUGUAAGAAAUUAAAAGGGAGAAAAUGUAUAACAGGACACAAGCUUUUUUCUGGUCAGAAGCAUCGUGAACUAUUGUCUCGGUUGAUUUUCCGUGUCUCAGAAGAAUUUAAAGAUGCUUUGCAACAGGUUUCCAAAUCCUAUUUGGAGGGAAGAACUUCUCUAGAAGAAUAUAUCUCUUAUUUGAAGUCUACUGUUGGACUUGGUGUUCUUGUGGAAGCUAUAGGAAUUGGUAAGGGGAAGGAAGACCUUACCAGCCCGACCAUAGAACGUGGGAAGAAAAUCCAGGCUUGUUCUAUACAAACUAGCAAACCUUGGUCUUCUCUUGGGCCCUGUGAUAUAAUCAAACAUUUGACUGGAGGAUAUCAAUUGAGCAAAGGCAAUAGUUAUGAUAUAUUCUGGGAGGCUGUUUGGCCACGCUUACUGGCAAGAGGUUGGCACUCAGAGAAACUAAAGUAUCAAGGCCCUCUUAGCUCAAAAAAUUUUGUGGUCUUUCUUCUCCCUGGUGUCAAGAAGUUUUCAAGGAGAAAACUUGUAAAAGGUGAUCAUUACUUUGAUUCUGUCAGUGAGGUCUUGAGAAAAGUGAUAGAUGAACCAAAUCUUCUUAACCUGGAAGUUAUAAAAACUAAAGUUGGUGGCUGCAACGAGAGAGAGACAGAAAAGGCAGAAAAAGGAUCUAACGAGGAUGGUGAACCUGAUAACCAUCACCAUUGUUACUUCAAGCACCAAGUUUCUACUAACAACUUAGAGCAUAUGAAGUCUACAGUUUCUUGUACUAGUUUUGUGUACAGGGAGAAUUCAUCUGAUUUAAGGAAAUCACAAUCCUUACCAGACAAUUUGGCGGGUAAAGUUGAGGUGGAUGCUGAUGAUGUAGCAUGUAAUAAAGAGAACAAACUUACUAGUAAAACUAACCACAGGAGAGGUAAGGUUGACAACAUUUCGUCAUGUGAGACAGAAGCUAGUAUUGUAUACAGCAGAGAGAAUAACAGUAAUGCUGGUAAAGGUAAAUGCAAAGGUAAACGCAAUAGAAAUUAUUCUGGCCAAAAAGAAGUGAAUGUUAAAGCUGAAAAUGAUGAUUCAAACAAGAUGACAGAAAACUGUGAAAAUCAGAAGACCUGUAUGUCUGAAGACAAACGGCAAAAAAAGGUUGAGAUAGGGCACAUGUUUGAGAACUCCUCAGGAAGCUCAGGAUCAGAGAAACUGGAACACUCUCAGUCAUCAUGCAAUCCAGAUGCCAACAAGAAAGCCGGUAAUUCAUUUGGUCAUCAGCCGGAUGUCACUUAUGUUUCUUUUUCAGUUGAAGGAAGUGCGGAAUUAAAAAACGAAAGAAGAAAUACAAGUAGAGUUUGUCUUAACAAAGGCAUUUCUUGUGACAUAGUUGAGAAAUUUGAACCACAACAUUCCAUCAACUUCAAUGAACCUCAAGUUGUUCUGAAGUCUGAAGAUACUGAAAUGACAGCGACAUCUGAGAAAGAUGGACAGGACUUGGAACCAAAAAAUAUAAUUCCAAGGAGGAGCACCAGAAACAGACCAUUGACACUUAGAGCAGUGGAAUCUUUAUCUAAUAAAUUCUUGCAAACACAAAGGAAAUGGAAAAGAAAAGACACCCUCACACUUUAA